UCCCGCGGCAGGCGUCUGACGGGGCAGACUCGGAAGGGGCUGGAGCCCUGCGGCAGGGGCGAUGAGCGUGCGUCGCUUAGCGACUGUUGCUAGAGCGGGACGCUGGCGUCGUGCGCAGGACGCCGCAGCCCCUGGUAAAGCGCAUGCGCAGGGAGCUCGGGGAAGGGGCCGGUUCCGUGUGCAGGGCCGGAAGCAGCGGGCGUCUCAGGUAGUGACGGUUUUAAAUCCCCCUGGCCCGGCCGGCUCCUUUCCCCGGCCGGUGAUGGAUGCGCGGGCGCGAGCUAAGCGCUACGAGAAGCUCGACUUCCUGGGCGAGGGGCAGUUUGCCACUGUUUAUAAAGCAAGGGAUAAGAACACCAAUCAAAUUGUUGCUAUUAAAAAGAUUAAACUUGGACAUAGAUCAGAAGCUAAAGAUGGAAUCAACAGAACAGCCCUGAGGGAGAUAAAAUUGUUACAGGAGCUAAGCCAUCCAAAUAUCAUUGGUCUUCUUGAUGCAUUUGGACACAAAUCCAAUAUUAGUCUGGUCUUUGAUUUUAUGGAAACAGAUCUAGAGGUUAUAAUAAAGGAUAGUAGUCUUGUGCUGACACAAUCUCACAUCAAAGCAUAUAUGCUGAUGACACUUCAAGGACUGGAAUAUUUACAUCAGCACUGGAUUCUACACAGGGAUCUCAAACCAAACAAUUUGUUACUAGAUGAAAAUGGGGUUCUAAAAUUGGCUGACUUUGGCUUGGCAAAAUCUUUUGGAAGCCCAAAUAGAGUCUAUACACACCAGGUAGUAACAAGGUGGUAUCGAGCACCUGAGCUACUGUUUGGUGCUAGAAUGUAUGGUGUAGGUGUAGAUAUGUGGGCUGUUGGCUGUAUCUUAGCAGAACUGCUUCUUAGGGUUCCUUUUUUGCCAGGAGACUCUGAUCUUGAUCAGCUGACAAAAAUAUUUGAAACGCUGGGGACUCCAACAGAAGACCAGUGGCCUGGCAUGUCAAGUCUUCCAGAUUAUGUAACAUUUAAAAGUUUCCCUGGAAUGCCACUUCAACAUAUCUUCAGUGCAGCUGGUGAUGACUUGCUAGAUCUUCUCCAAGGUCUAUUCAUAUUUAAUCCUUGUACUAGGGUCACAGCUACACAGGCAUUGAAACAGAAGUAUUUUAGUAAUCGACCAGGACCAACACCAGGAAUUCAAUUGCCAAGACCAAACUGUCCUGUAGAAGCCUUAAAGGAACAACAAAAUUCACUUUUAAAUUUAAAAAGGAAGAGAACAGAAGGAAUAGAUCAAGCCAGACUUCAUCCGACUACUGGCCUCUACAUGUUUUCAUAUGUAGAAUGUACCUGCUCAGAGAUCCUGAGCUUUGAGAACCUUUUGGACAGCAGUGCCCUCUGGAGCUGCACAAACAAAGCCUUAUAGUACCAGAUGUUUUGAAUCAAGACCAUAAAGGAUGAUAUGGCCUCUACCACUUCCUUUUUUUCCCCCUCCUGGCUGAGAAUCUGUGUCUCCAAACUCUCUCUGUAUUUUUCUUAAAUUGUGCAAAAUUUAGUCAUUUUGAAUCAGACCUCUGAAGUUUUGGAUAUGGUAGAUUUAAGCACAUUCCCAUUGUUUGCCCUGCUUAGGGGAGGAUAAGAUCUAUACUGCAAUUUUAGAGCCCUGCACCCUUAGUCCCACAAGUCUUAGUCAACUGAAUAGGCCAGCCUGGGGUUUUUACUACAGUGUAGACAUACCCUAAGUGAUAGUGUAGGCAAGAUCUAAGUCCUUCUAUGGCUUUUCUCUGACUUUUAACAAAGGGUAGGAAAGCAGUCUAAUAACUUGGCCUAUUCUACACUACAGAUACAACUAAUGAUUGUAAAUUCUUCAGAACAGUGGUAGAGAAAAUGUUUGUCUAAAACUCCUUGUGCAGUUUGGCAUUAAAUACGUUGGUGAGCAUGGUUGUCAGUGACUUGUAGUGUAGAUGGGACCAAACCAUUUUUAAACAAAAAGCCUGAGCUUAUUUAUAGGAUGGUAGGAGACAGUCAUGUUUCAGUAGGUCACAUUGGUAGUGUAGGUGGACCUCAGAAAAGAGGAAUGGAGUAGUGCUGCUAUCCUGCCAGUCUCUGGGGCAAAGUCUAAAAUAAGUCUAGUAAAACCGCUAAGCAGACACUGAAAGUGUCUUCAUUUCCUCCACUGUGCCAACAUGCUGCAGUUACUGUGAAACUGGAAAAACUUACUAUCUUCGUUACAAUACCACCACCCAACCCAUUGACACCUGCAGCUUUUUUUUUCCCACUAAGCUUAAUUCUAUUUUAAACCUUUAGCUUCUUAUGUCAAAUGGAAGGAAAAACAUGUGGUGUCUAAAAUGUUUCAUGUCACACAGCCUUGCACAAAGAUAGCUUGGAAACGUUUUAGGAGUACAAAACGCCUUUCUAUAAAUAUAGCUUAAUUUUAUAUUGCAUGUCUCGUGUAAACAUAUGAGAAACGUUCUGGACAACUUUUUUCAUGCACGGUUAUGGCUGCCCUUAUAUGAGCCUGCUCCAAGACUAGACAGGGCCUAAAGAGUAGUUAGGAUAUAGCUACAAGCCAAAGCUGUGGAUGUUUAUCCAAGCUAGCCUAGGGAGCAGUGCAGGCAUCAGUGUGGGCUCAAGAACUGAGUGCAGAGGCUGGGUACAUACGCAGCUCAUGAGUCCCUACUGAUGCCUGUGCUGUCUAGUGUUACCUGUGCGAGCUGGAUUCAAGCUAGCUGUGAUAAGCUAGCCUGUUCACAGCUUUUGCUGUUCAGACAUACCCUACAUAACUAGUAACACCUUGAGUUGGGGAUUGGGACCUUUACCUCAUUUAUCAGUAUUGAUACAAAUUCAGUUACUUACACUACAAAAUUAAUUUACCAUU